GAAUGUUGGAGUGUUUUCAGAAAAGUUUAGACAAGUUUGACAGUUUGGGAGCAGAGACACGGACCGAGGAGAAACAUGACGGUGUAUUACCUAUUGCUGAUGUUGCAGUAGAGUUGUCAGUCUUCUCUGACUGACCCAAACCACAUACACACACACAACAGGCAGAUAUGGAGAGUGGAGCUCUGGGAAUGGACACAAGCACUGCUACAGAUCCCAGAGGCAUAGCCUGUCUACGGCGCCGGGCCUGGGCCCAGAGCAGAGACUGGCAAGAAACAGAACCAGAGCACUGUGUCCCUCAGGGGCCCCAACAAAGCCAGAAGGACUCUGAAGGGAACACUCAGAAACCCUCAGAAGAACCAGGGCGUGUUCCUAACAAGAUCACCAGCUGGCUGAGUGAAUGCAGGACUCCCCUCGGAGCCUCACUAGAUGAUCACAGUGCUUCUCCCAGCAGAGGAGUGCUGAAAAACGGCUGUAGCUUUGAAGAUGACCUUUCACUGGGAGCUGAAGCCAACCAUCUUCAGUCCACUAACAAGAAAACUGAAUCCUGUAGUAAUUUUGGUCUUGCAGCCGAUCAUAAAAGGAGUCAAUAUAAAGAAAGAGGAAGAAGUAUGAACUCCACAGGAUCUGGGAAGAGCAGCACUGUUUCCAGUGUGUCAGAGCUGCUGGACCUGUACGAGGAGGACCCAGAGGAGAUCCUCUUAAAUCUUGGUUUCGGCCGGGAAGAACCAGACCUGUCCUCUAAGGUUCCCUCAAGAUUCUUCAACAACUCCUCCACAGCGAGAGGCAUUGACAUCAAGGUCUACCUGGGAGCGCAGAUGCAGCGGAUGGAGCUGGAGAACCCUAACUAUGCUCUGACUAGUCGUUUCCGUCAGAUCGAGGUCCUAACUACAGUAGCUAAUGAGUUCUUCCAGCUCUACAGUCAGGUUUCUGGUCAGCCUGUCCAGCGCAUCCUCUCCAGGGACCAAGGAGGAGAAAAGGGUGAAGGAGUCAAUGAUGAGCAACCUCCUGUUCUGAAGAGGAGCAGCUCAGCGCUGAAUGCUGUCAAACUCCUCAAGAAAACCCUCAGCAGACACAACCUGCUCACUGGCACCUCUGAAUCGCCUGAAGCACACACACCAAACCAGGACACUCAGCUGAACGGACACUCCCACUCUAACCACACACUCAUCAAUGGUCACGCCCACCACAGUCCAGAACAGGACGGUGGCAGUACCGACCCCGACUACCAGAAACACAGUCGCAAGAAAGACAGCUGUUCUUUGGCAACGGUCAACGAGGAAACCAAUGGGGACGGAGAAACAGAACAGUUGACAGACGACAGUCCUGAACAGAGCAGCACUGGACCUGCAGCCAAUGGGGCACAACAAACAGAGAAAGGAACCCAGGUGAUCAGAGAUGAGAAGAUCAUGACCUCAACUCCAGAGAAAGCUCCUUCCACUCUGGUUCCGCCCACACUGGCCCAGCUGCGAACAGAGAACGCAGACUCUUUCGACAUGGAGGAGAUUCAGAGUAAUGACGAUGAGGCUCCACUAUCUAGAAUCUCCAGAAACAGCGACCUGUUGAGGACAGUCAGUCAACAGUCAGACAGCAGCGGGUUUGCUGAGGAGCCCUCUGCUGACUCCAGCUACCUUAAGGUGCAGGAGAGUAGUGACAGCUGUGACAGCGAAACCACUGUGACAUCGCACCCUUCGCAAGAUGUGGCCACGCCCCUCGCAGUAGACCAACCAGCGUUUGAGCUGCCAGACAACAGACAAGAGGAGGCAGAGCCUAGUGGUACCACUGAGGCUGAUGGGAGGAGUAGUUCCAGGGAUGAAAACGGGCAAGAUGAGAGCUCAGAGCAGCUUCCACAGUACGCAGCCCACCACCUCCCCAAGAACAGGAACCAUGAUGAGAAGGUAGUUGAGACUGGGGAUCAGACUGACCCUGAAUCGGAAUCAGAACAAGAGCCUACCCAGAGUCUGUCUGCUCCAGAACAAGAACCAGAACACACUCAGAACCAGGCCAAGUCUGCUGCAGACACAGAAGCACUCUCUGAAGGAGCAGGUGUUGAGGACAAUGCUCAAGGGGAACAUGCACACUUGGACAGUUCAUAUUGUCCCCAAACUCCAUGCUCUCCAGUCCUGAGUGCUCUGAACCGAGCCAAAAGGAACCAGCUGAGCAAGGACUGGCAGCUGCUCAACCCUGGGCCCAGUGAGACAUCCCAAAUCCUGGGUAGAGGACGAGGAAGACGUGGUAUCCCCCUGCAGAGAUCCUCCUCCCUCCCCACCUCGUUUCUGGCGCCCACCAAGGUAGUGUCCUCUGUCAGGAUCCAGUUUGGGCAAGGUCAGUCAUCUUGCACUCAGCCCAAGUACUCCUUCAGAUACACCCAAGAGACCGCAGGAGACAUGGAAGAGGAGGUGAAGGAGGAGGAGGAAGGGCAAACCAAUUGUCACUCUACUUUGAUCAUAAACAAUGCCUCCUCCUCUGGCUCUGACAACAAACCACCAAGGCUCCCCACAGAAGCUUAUAGCCCACCUAAACCCAUCCCACGCUACCUGUUGCGGUCAUCACAUUCACUGCAAAGCCCCAGUCCUCCUCCUGAUUUGUCACCAGGAGGCCAAGCCCUUUCCUGGAGCACCCAAAGUGUUCCUGAACUGUCCUCCAACCAGCAGCAGCAUGACCAGUUCCAACAGAACAUGGGUCCCAACCUGAACCAGGAAAGUUGGAAUUCAGGACAGAUGAUGUUCCCUCAACCUAACCUGAACCCUACAGCUCAGUACUUAAACCCAAGCCCCACUCCUAGUCCUAGCCUUAACCAAAACCCAUACCCCAUCACUUUGAACCCUUCCCUGCAGUACCUCUCCCCUCUACAUCCAUACGCUAGUCUUCCUAACCUUCAUAACCCCAACCCCUCCAUGAACCACCACUCUAGUCUUACCAGUCUCCAUCAACCAACAACUUCUCCAAUCCCCCAGCACGGGAGCUUCACCAACUUGCAUCAGCCCUCGUCCGCAUAUCCUAAUCACCUCAGUCCUGGAAACCCGCAUCCAGGAAGUCCGAUAAUGCCCCACCAGAGCUUCAACUACCCAUACGGUCCUCAGUUACCCUACCAUGGCAGUCUUCACGGUUCGCAGUUUGCCACACCCUACCUUGGUUACAAUGGAUAUAACAUGAACCCAUACCUUGCUCACGCUCCUCCUGCCCCAGGCUUCUUCUCGGGCCAAGCCUCGCCCUUCAGCCCAGGUCACAGCCUACACCCAGGGCUCACUCCUCCUGCUGCUCCUGGCCCAUCCAGUACUGAGAUGCAACUGAGGAGAGUUCUGCAUGACAUCAGAGGAACAGUUCAGAAUCUUAGCCAGAACCGGGCUGACACUCCAGACAUGUUCAAUGAGCGCAGAACACCUCUGCCCAGCCACCAGCCUUUGACAGAGUUUCAACAGAUGAGGCGGAGUCUGAACUUAUUCCGCAGUCAGAUGAUGGAUCUAGAGCUGUCAAUCAUCCGACAGCAGUCUAUAGUCUACAAACACCUGAGUCCUGCUGACAGGCUGGAGAUGGAGCAGCUUCAAUCUCUGAGGUCAGCAGUCAGAGAGGAACUGCAGGAGCUGGAACAACAGCUGGAAGACAGACUGAUGGAACAAACACAGCAUAGGGGUCUCCAUAGAGACAGCAGUAUUGACAGUCUGUCCACCGCCUCUGCACUAAGAGCCAUGGAGCCGGUUUCAGACCUUCUCAGAGAGCAGCUCUUCCUCCAAUCAGAGCUCAACUAUGACGGCUGCGCCCCCUCUACCAACCCCUCCUCCGGAUCCUCCAGAUCCUCCAGUCCAGUCAGAGGAGGAGGAGGAGGAGGAGGAAGCUGUGAGCAGAGACAAAACAUAUACCGGGCAUCAAUCAACAUAACCCCAGCACCACCUCCUCGACCCAACACAUACUCAGGGGAAGAGGAGGAGGAGGAAAGAGGGACGGACAGUGUUGGAGGAGGAGGAAGAGGAGGAGUACCAGAGGAGGAGGGUGCAGCUGGAGGAAUCAGAGUGGAGAACCUGCAGCAGCUCAUCAGAGAGAUUAGAGAGAGUGUGGCGCAGGAGGUCCGACGGGAGAUCUACAGCGAGCUGAUGGCUGCAGUGUCACCACGGCGAUCGCCUGUACCUGCUAGACAGCACCCCCUGUAGUCAUGGCAACACCUUCAGCCUUA